UAUAUAAAUAUUAAUGAUAGUGUGAAUUGGAUAAAAUUAUAAUUUUCGGUGUAAAUUUUAUUGGGGGUAUUUUCGGCAAAAUAAAAAACUAAGUAUUGAUGUCCACAGAUACUAUGAAACAAACUGUUAUCAAAAAUCCAACAUGGUGGCGAAGACGCACAAGCAUGGAACGAAGUCUAACUAUGAUUGCAACAGUUGCAAUUCUAGUAGCAUUAUCAUUAAUAAUCGCCUUAGCAGGAGUUUUAUAUGUUUACAAAACAAAGACCUCCCUAGAAAGUGUUCCAAACUCCGCUGAAGCAUUAUCAGGUAAUGAAAAAUGGAAACCAGAUAUUGUGAUCAGUGCAGAUGGUGAUGUUAAAUUAAAACCAAAAUCAUACGAUGAAGAAUUAUGUUUAACUACAGGCUGCGUUCAUACAGCAUCCGAGAUAUUGAAAAAUAUGGAUCCAAAAAUUGAUCCGUGUGAUGAUUUCUAUGAGUUUGCAUGCGGUAAUUUUAUCAAAAAUACAAAUAUACCUGAUGAUAAAACUAGUGUUAGUGAAUUCUCUGCCGUUGAUGAUAAAUUACAAGAACAAUUACGUACGAUGAUUGAAGAACCAAUAAAAGCAAGUGAUCCUAAACCAUUUGUAUUAGCGAAAGAUUUGUAUAAAUCUUGUAUGAAUAAAACUUUAAUUGAAUCUCGUGGUUUAACACCAUUAUUCAAUAUUUUGAAAGAAAUGGGCGGUUGGCCAGUAUUAGAUGGUGCUAUGUGGAACGAGAAUGAUUUUACCUGGAUUCAGUCUGUAUAUAGAUUUAGAAGAUUUGGAUACAGUGUUGAUUAUUUCUUUGAUUUUUCAAUUGGUAUUGAUUUAAAGAACUCAACAGUUCGUAAAAUUGAUUUAGAUCAAGCUUCAUUAGGAUUACGUCGUGAAUAUUUAACCAAAGGAUUCAACGAUAAAUUAGUAAGCGCUUAUUAUAGUUAUAUGGUUGACAUUGCUGUAAAAAUGGGUGCUGAUAGAGAACGAGCAUCAAAAGAACUAAAAGAAUCACUUGAAUUUGAAAUAGCAUUAGCCAAUAUAUCGUUACCAAAUGAAAAACGGCGAAACGCUACCUUACUAUAUAAUCCAUAUACUCUAAAAGAAUUACAAAAUUUAUUCAGUUAUGUACCAUGGGUUGAGUAUAUCAAUACAAUUUUACCAAAAUCCGUACGAGUUGAUGAAAAUGAGAUCGUUAUUGUUUAUGUUCCAUCAUAUUUCCAAAAAUUAGAAGCAUUACUUAGUUCAACGCCAAAAAGAGUAUUAGCAAAUUAUGUAAUGUGGAGAGCCACUUCAGCAUCUAUCAGCUAUUUAACCGAAGAUGUUCGCAAACGGCAACUCGAUUACAGUUCAGUUUUAAAUGGUCAAACACAACGUGAAUCGCGAUGGAAAGAAUGUAUCGAUAUAGUUUCAUCAAGUUUGUCAAUAUCUGUUGGUGCAUUGUAUGUACGUAAAUAUUUCAAUGAAGAUUCUAAAAAAGAAGCUUUAGAAAUGGUUACUGGUAUUCGAGAAGAAUUUGCAAAAAUAUUACAAGAAGUUGAUUGGAUGGACGAUGAAACCAGAUCAAAUGCUUUAGAUAAAGCAGCUUCAAUGCAAACACAUAUUGCAUAUCCUGAUGAACUUUUGGAUGAUAAUAAAUUGAUUGAAUUUUACAAAGGGCUUGAAAUAACACGACCCUUAUACCUUGAAUCAAUAUUAAACCUCACAUUAUUCGGUACUGAAUUCUCAUUCCGUCGUCUACGUGAACCAGUCAAUAAAACAAGUUGGAUAUCACAUUCCAGACCUGCCAUUGUCAAUGCAUUUUAUUCAUCCGUUGAGAACAGUAUUCAAUUCCCUGCUGGUAUUUUACAAGGAAAAUUCUUUGGUAAUGACCGUCCUAGAUAUAUGAAUUAUGGUGGAAUUGGUUUUGUAAUUGGUCAUGAAAUUACCCAUGGAUUUGAUGAUCAAGGUCGGCAAUUUGAUAAAAAUGGCAACCUUGUUGAUUGGUGGGCAGAAGAUACAAAACAGGCGUUUAUUAAAAAAUCACAAUGUAUCAUCGAUCAGUAUGGAAAUUUCACAGAUCCAGAAGUGGGAUUAAAUUUGAAUGGUGUAAACACACAAGGUGAAAACAUUGCUGAUAACGGCGGAAUUAAAGAAGCAUAUUUAGCAUACAACCGUUGGGCAGAACAAAAUGGUCCAGAAAAGCAAUUACCCGGAUUAAACUAUUCCCCACAACAGAUGUUCUGGAUAUCUGCUGCUAAUACAUGGUGCUCUAAAUACCGGCCAGAAACCAUGAAAAUCAGAAUAACGACUGGAUAUCACUCACCUGGAAGAUUCCGAGUAAUUGGACCAUUCACAAAUUCUGAACAUUUCGCCAACGACUUUAACUGUCCUAAAGGUUCUAAAAUGAAUUCCGUUGAAAAAUGUAAAGUUUGGUAAACAAUUUUAAUCUAUUAAAUAAUUGCGUAUAAAAAAAAACAAACAAAGAAAAUCCGGCCUAAAAGACAUAAUAUGUCGGCAGUACUUGAAAUUGAGUGGUGUUCGCAAUAUUUAGUUUAAUUUUUUAAGUUAAGGAUCAAGUAUUAAUAAAAUUUAAAAUAAAAAAUGUAUAAUUAGCAAAGUGAAGAUUUUUUUAAAGACAACAAUUUUAUUUACAAAAACACAGGAACAUAUCUCGUAGAAUUUAGUAAUAUUUCUUUUGAAAUAAAAAGACAAGUGGGUUCGAAUUCCACUACAAGUUGAGUGUAUUGUGAUGAUUAUUUUGAAAUAAUUUACUU